AUGUCGAUUGACUCAAUUCGGGGGACGAUCUCAUCAAUAUUCCCAGUUACAGAUAUCGCGGGGGUCUUCAUAGCUCUCAAUCUUUGUUCUUGUCUUGUGCUCUUCAUCUUCCGGAAAUGGAAGUCCUCGUCCGACCACACCGCUAGGCCUCCCACUCCAGACCUGGAGAAGCCAGCAUCAAGAUAUAAUAAUCGAGAGAAGAUUACACGGAAGUUUGGGGACUGGACGCCAUCAGAUUUCAAGAGACCUACGGCAACUUCUUACUCGGACUGGGACGUUCAUACCUCGAAGCCGAUUCCGUAUCGGCCUUUUCGAUAUGGCCCUAAAUACUUUGUUACGAUGGGGUUGAGAAGUAUGAAAUGGGACGAAUGGAUUGAACUCGACAAUCACUACCUCAAAUACCACGCCGACAAAAAGAAGCGCCUCGAAGAGCGCGGCGAGAAAUGCUACGGGACCGCCCCAGAAGCAAUGGACGGAGCGAUCGAGCUCCUCGAAGAACUAUGUGAAUACCUCCCCGAACGAUACCCAACCAUGUUCCAAAAGACACCCACCGGCAUCACCAACACCAUCACCAACGAAACCUUCAACAUAACCCAGCGCCCCCUCCCAGAAGACCCCAUGGCCACAGCAGCCCGCCUCGUCCAAGACGAUCUAGCCCUAAUGUUCGAGCGCCCAGACGGCGAAUACUACCUCCUAGCCGGCGCCAUCCUCCUCGCAGGCUUUUGGCGUCUCAGCGACAAAUUCGGCAUGCCACUCUCCGAAAUCCACACAUCAGGCGACGUCCCGCAAUUCCGCGAGAAACUCGAGCGCGGCAUGAUGAAUUUCUUCCGUCGCCUCAAGCCUGAAGAGCCCGUUCUCCGGAAUAACUAUUUCAUCCAGGUGGAUGAUUGUCUACCGUGGUCGCAUAGUAUUGGGUCCGAGGACGCGGAGACGGUGUCGUGGAAUACCGCGGCGAAGAAUAAGGCGAUUGCGCAUCAUUAUUUCCGGUCGGAAAGGCAGUCACUACGGCGGUUGCCCAGGUCUGGCGCUGUGGUGUUUACUAUUCGGACGUAUUUCGAGCCGAUUACGGAGAUUGUGAAGGAGCCAUAUGUGCCUGGGCGAUUGGCGUCUGCGAUUCGCAGUUGGGGAGAUGAUGUUUCGAGGUAUAAGGGGAAGGAGAAGUAUGCGGAGGUUUUGUUGGAGUACUUGGAUCAGAAGCAUGAGGAGCAGGUGAAGGCUGGAUUGGCGGUGGAGAAGGAGGAUGAAGCGAGGAGUUAUCCGUUAUAA